AUGAAGCGCUUUGUGGAAGGCUACCGGGCAGAGGCAGUCGGUGAGGGGCGUAUGGCGUUUCGGUUGUCAUAUUGCAACGUUUCGAACGCCUUCAUUGCCGCCGGUGUUCAGUGGGGUGCCCCUUCUGAUAGCUGGCAGCAGUGCUGCGCAACGUGCGAUGGUGGGUGUGUGGUGGGAUUUCCGUCCUUUCUCUUUCGCCAGCGCCUGACGCUGGGCGUGCGGAGUGUGGCCUUCAUCGGCUCGCUGGAGCUGCAGUUCUUGGCGCUUGUGGAGCACCUCGGCAACACGACGCCCGUUCGGUGCCGCGGCGAUGCGCGUGUGUUCGUUGCGUUUCCCGAGUUUGCGCCGCUGCACGCCGACUUCGUCGCUGCGUUUGCUGGCGGCGCGGGUGCCGACCGCGCUGUGUUCUUGAGGAGCCUGCCGCACUGGGGCGACGCGAACUCGACGUCGGAGACCGCCUAG